CAAGCUGCCUAGUGAAUGCACACGGGCAGCGCGUAGGAUAGAGGACUAUAAGUCAUGGCAGGCCACAGAACUUAUGACUUUUCUGCUGUCUACUGGUUUCGUGGUCCUAAAAGGCCUUAUUAAGGGCCAUUUGUACAACAACGUCCUGUUACUUGUCGUGACAGAGAGAGUUCUAGCGACACCCGACCAAUCUGGGGACACUAUUAGGUACUGUACAUACUUUAAUACGAAUAUAAUUUACAACGUUUACAGUGUUAUACACUUACCGGAAGACGUCCUGAGACAUGGACAGCUAGAUUCGUUCUCAGCCUUCCCAUUUGAAAGUUAUUUAGGAUCACUGAAACAACAUAUAAGAAAGCCAAGCAGUCCACUUCAGCAGACUGCACGAAGACUUAAUGAGGGUCUACUGAAGGAGUCCAGUUUUGGUGGAUCUCCUUAA